AUGUCAGGAAAGGAUAACAAGUGUCCAAGAGUAACAACCUCUCAAGGUUUCCCAUUACCAAAUGCUUUUGAAACUCAAAGAGUGGGCGAACAUGGCCCUCUUUUAUUACAAGAUUUCAACUUGAUUGAUUCUUUGGCCCAUUUUGAUAGAGAACGUAUCCCUGAACGUGUUGUUCAUGCUAAAGGCUCUGGUGCUUAUGGUUAUUUUGAAGUUACUGAUGAUAUCACCGAUAUCUGUGGUUCUGCCUUCUUGGAUACCAUUGGUAAGAGAACUAGAACAAUGACUAGAUUCUCCACUGUUGGUGGUGAACAAGGUUCUGCUGACGCUGCUAGAGAUCCAAGAGGGUUUGCAACCAAAUUUUAUACUGAAGAAGGUAAUUUAGAUUGGGUUUAUAACAAUACUCCAAUUUUCUUUUUAAGAGAUCCAAUUAAGUUCCCUCAUUUCAUUCAUACUCAAAAGAGAAAUCCUCAAACUCACUUAAAAGAUCCAAACAUGUUUUGGGAUUAUCUAUGUGAAAAUCAAGAAGCUAUUCAUCAAUUCAUGAUUCUAUUUUCUGACCGUGGUACUCCUGCUGAUUACAGACAUAUGAAUGGUUAUUCUGGUCAUACUUAUAAAUGGUCAAAUAAAAAAGGUGAAUGGUUUUAUGUUCAAGUUCAUAUGAUUUGUGAUCAAGGUAUUAAAACUUUAAACAACGAAGAAGCUGGUUCAUUGAGUGGUUCAAACCCAGAUCAUGCACAAGAAGAUUUGUUUUCUGCAAUUGCAAAAGGUGAUUCUCCUUCAUGGACUUGUUAUGUUCAAACAAUGACUCAAGAAGAGGCUUCAAAAUUACCAUUUUCCGUUUUUGAUUUAACAAAAGUUUGGCCACAUAAAGAUUUCCCACUACGUCGUUUUGGUAAAUUAGUUUUAAAUGAAAAUCCACAAAAUUAUUUUGCAGAAGUUGAACAAGCUGCAUUUUCACCAUCUCAUACAGUUCCAUAUCAAGAAGCUUCAGCUGAUCCUGUUUUACAAUCAAGAUUAUUUUCAUAUCCAGAUACUCAUCGUCAUCGUCUUGGUACAAAUUAUGCACAAAUUCCAGUCAAUUGUCCAUAUGCUAAAACUUUUAACCCAAUUAUUAGAGAUGGUGCAAUGACUGUCAAUGGUAAUUAUGGUGCUGCACCAAACUAUUUGUCCACAAUUUCAAAUCCAGUUCAAUACACUCCACAACCAAAAGUUAACUAUCAACAAAAUCAAGAAGUUUGGACAGGUCCAGCUCAACCAUUCCAUUGGAAAGUUGAAGGAGAUAUUGACUAUGUUCAAGCUAGAGCUUUAUAUAAAGUUUUAGGUAAACAACCAGGUCAACAAAGAAAUCUAGCUCAUAAUAUUUCAGUUCAUGUUGCUGGUGCAAUUCCAUCUGUUCAAGAUCGUGUUUUCGAAUUAUUUGCAAAAGUUGAUUCAAAAUUAAGUAAUGAUAUUAAAAAGGAAGUUUUAGAAUUGAGUCCAAGAGAUCAAAGUUCUAGUGGUAAAUGUCCUUACAAAGGUGCUAAUGUUAAAUUAUAG